CCCGGUUUUCAUUCACCGAGACAGAAAGCAAGAGCGAGAAAGAGAAAGGAGAAAGGAAGGAUACCGGAGAAGGAGGAGACAGCGGGGAAAGGUGUCACAUAAAGGAGGGUUUCGAGUCAUGGCCGCUAAAUCCGACGGGAUGCUGAAAAUGAAGAAGAGCGAUGUGGCGUUCACCCCUCUUCAGAAUUCGGACCAUUCGGGGUCGGUGCAGGGUUUGGCACCGGGACUGCAGUCGGACUCGGGCACAGACGAGGCGGGCUGUACAGAUCAGAACCCGCGUUGUUGCGGUUCAUCGUCUAUGUGUCUGCGCCUAGGCAAGGAACAGCAGCGGUACUCCGUGUGGGAUUGUCUGUGGAUUCUAGCUGCCGUCACCGUUUACUUCGCUGAUGUGGGAACGGAUAUUUGGCUGUCAGUUGACUACUAUCUGCAUGGCAAGCACUGGUGGUUCGGGCUUACUCUGUUCUUUGUGGUGCUUGGCUCUUUAUCAGUGCAAGCUUUUAGCUUCAGGUGGUUUGUGCACGAUUUCAGCACCGAGGACAGCGCCGCCAGUCCCAGUGCCGCCAGCGCUACGGUGGACACAAAGCUGUUAAGCAGCAGCGCUGCAGCGUCUGCUGAGAUGGAUGCUCCUCGCCCCUCAACACCUCAAAGACAAGCUUCUACAGCUAGCAAGAGCAACACAACUACAGGUACUACUAACAGCAGCAGCAGCACUGCCCCGAAGACCACCAGCAAGAACAGAUCGGCAUCCUGCUCUUUCUGCAUCUGGCUCCUUCAGUCACUCAUCCACAUCCUUCAACUUGGCCAGAUUUGGAGAUAUUUUCAUACAAUUUACCUGGGAAUUCGCAGCCGAAGAAGUAACGAGAAUGACCGAUGGAGGUUUUACUGGAAAAUGGUGUACGAAUAUGCAGACGUCAGCAUGCUGCACUUGUUGGCUACAUUCCUUGAGAGUGCACCUCAGCUGGUUCUACAGCUCUGCAUCAUAAUUCAGACCCACAGCUUACAAGCACUCCAAGGUCUCACGGCUGCAGCAUCCUUGGUAUCCCUUGCCUGGGCUUUAGCUUCAUAUCAGAAGGCACUCCGAGACUCCAGAAAUGACAAGAAGCCCAUUAGUUACCUGGCUGUUAUAAUUCAGUUCUGCUGGCAUUUCUUCACUAUUGCUGCUAGAGUCAUUACAUUCGCUCUGUUUGCCUCAGUGCUCCAGCUCUACUUUGGGAUUUUUAUUGUCCUACACUGGUGCAUCAUGACCUUUUGGAUUGUCCAUUGUGAAACGGAAUUUUGCAUAACAAAAUGGGAAGAGAUCGUGUUCGACAUGGUUGUUGGAAUUAUCUAUAUCUUCAGCUGGUUCAAUGUCAAAGAGGGAAGGACUCGGUGUAGAUUGUUCAUAUAUUACUUUGUAAUCCUUUUAGAAAACACUGCCUUGAGUGCUCUUUGGUACCUCAACAGAGCUCCUCAAAUCACAGAUGCUUUCGCUAUACCAGCACUGUGUGUGGUAUUCAGCUGUUUUUUAACAGGAAUUGUUUUUAUGUUAAUGUAUUAUGCCUUUUUCCAUCCAAAUGGACCCAGAUUUGGGCAGUCACCAAGCUGUGCUUGUGAGGACCCUGUAACUGCUUUCUCUUUACCUAAUGAGGCAGCAACAAACACUCUAAGGGCCAUGACACAUAACAGAAGCACUGUAGGUGAGAGGGAACAAAAAUUUGCAGAAAGGGAUGGCAGUGUACCUGUUUUCCAGGUAAGACCUACAGCACCUUCAACACCAUCCUCUCGAGCACCUCGAAUUGAAGAGUCAGUCAUCAAAAUAGACUUGUUCCGAAACCGGUACCCAGCAUGGGAAAGACAUGUACUGGACAGGAGUCUACGGAAAGCUAUACUAGCAUUUGAUUGCUCCCCUACACCUCCACGUCUCCAGUAUAAAGACGAUGCUUUUAUUCAUGAGCGCUUGGAGUAUGAAACUACACUAUAAAUCAGAUCGCUAACUACCCAUGGGGAGAUACAAAUAAGUAAAAAUAAAGGUUAAUAGCAGGACUGUGGCAAUAAACUGCAUAGAGAAGAUAGUGCAGCAAACCAUGAGGGUGUUUUAAUCAUGGAUGAGAUUAGGAUUUGUGUAUCAUGAUUAUCAUUUGAACCACUCCCUCGUGAAAUGCAACAGAGUUCCUCAGUCUGAUUUCACAGCAUCCAAAAAUCUCUUAAAUUUUAUCUAGGUGAAACGUAUAUACACAUGCCAUAAAUUCUUAUUCUAACAUGUCAGCAAUUUAGUAUUGCAGUUUGCUUAACAAGGACAGCCCAGAUUAGAGUCAGCAAUGCUUCAUUUUCAGUGCAGUGAACUCUACAGAAGAAAUAUUUUUAUUUUGCAGUAUACAGAAGCUAUAUCAUUUUUCCAUUAAAUAAGUAACAUUUGCCAAACUGCAUUAACCAGCUAGAGGAAUAUUAUCACUAUGGUAACUCUAAAUCCUUUCAGUGCAAAAAGUCAGGGAUAUACACUACAGCUUCUAGCAAUGGCAGAUAAGUGCUUCUCAACUGUAAUAUGAUUGUCUGUAUUAAAAUUUAUUUAUUUCAAGCAUAUAACUAUUUUCCAUCCCCCUUUAAGAAAAGUAUAGUUGUGUAAGUAAACUUUCCAUAACAGUUGAUAUUCAGAUGAUCACUGCUGCAGUAGUCUAAGCUAUAUAGGUUAUAUUAUGCUAAGAAUACAGCAGCUGGCCAGCUUCCAAGGCUUCAGA